UGGAGGGCAAAGUAGGCAGUUGUUGCAGGGCUCUAAAUUUAGAACUUGUGACUAAAUACCAAUGACAACAGACAAACUGACAGCCACCCACCCACUUGCCCACUUACUCAGUCAUACAGUCAGUCUGGACUGGAUUUAGCCCCCUUUGCCCAACCUCCACACGACUAACUCCAGUAUCGGGGAUCACGAGCACCCACACUGAUCUGCUCUACGGCAGCCUCUCACAUUUCUGACUUCCCACCCUGAGGAGACAGGCAGAACUUGAGGCAACCCCCUGAGGGGCCUUCAGGACAGCAACAAACUCUCAGGGGCAGCAAUCAUGUCGCAGUUUUCCACCAUGACAACCAGGGAAAGGAAAAUGCAGGCAGCAGCGAUCUGCAGGGAAGUUCAAGGACAGGAAGAUGCACACAUGGACCUUGGGAAGAAAGUGAGUGUGCCCAAAGACAUCAUGCUGGAGGAGCUGUCUCUCGCCUCCAACCGGGGCUCCCAGCUCUUCAAAAUGCGCCAGAGACGUUCAGAAAAAUACACUUUUGAGAGCUUCCAAAAUGAAACUAACAACCAACUAAAUAGCCAAACAGUUUUCCAGAUUGGGAACAAGUCUGUCACAGGCAGUGGGGACGACUCAGGUGUCGAGCAGCCGUGUAAAGUGACAUCCAACGUACCAGAAACCACAAUGGUGCCAAAUCCGGACACCAUCGCCCCGGGAUAUGGAGGUCCUUUAAAAGACAUCCCUCCAGAGAAGUUCAACUGUACUGCUGUGCCAAAGUCAUACCACUCACCCUGGGAGCAGGCCAUCAUCAAUGACCCUGCUUUGGCUGACACACAUGUCUCUAGCACCCCUGAGCUGGUGCGCCAAACAAACCUACCAGGAUACAAAAGCUUCAACAGGGUGGCAACCCCUUUUGGGGGUUUCAGCAAGUCGCCGAGACCCAAGCCCAUUGCAGCCCUGCAGGUAGAGACACUCCCGGAGAUCCCCACUCUCCAUGGGGAGUGUGCUCCGAACAGGCCAUCCUUCAAUAGAGCGGCUCUGGGGUGGGUGGCUACCAGUGGCUCAGUCACACUCCCGAAUGUUUCCCUCGAGCCCACACUCAUCCCUGAGUCAGAAGACCUUUGAACCCAGGAAGACGCAUCACGGGGGAGGCUGUGGAAGUACCAGCUUCACCCAAGGUUAUUAUGGGUUGGGUGACAUUUGUUUCAGAGCAUGAGCUUGAGUGAAAGUAUCCUGUUUGUAACUAUCACACUAGAGGGGAGUAAAUGAAUAUGUAACCUUGUAAAUUAAGAUGAAGCAGUAUUGGAAUAACAUAAGAUUGUAUAUUAAUGUGCACAAGAAUGCUUUUCUCAAAAUAAAAUCUGGCAAUAUGCAACAGAAGCAUUCUUUAGAUUUGUUGUCUGUUUGGUUUAAUGCCUUGGACAUUGAUAAGAUUUACAUGAUGUUUUUGUAAGGAUAUGCAAACUUGACAAUUUCAUAACAUGCUCCCAGUCUGUUCCUCUAUGUUUCUGUGCGUUUCCAUCUCACAGUGUGUUGUGUGAGAGGCAGAAGAUGCUUGUGAGCCAGUGUUGCCUGCCUCAAGGUCUUGCAUCUUGACAAAUCAAAUCUGCUUCAGUGACAUGAGGGACCUGACUGAUGUGUCUUUCACCUUGCGGCAGCGCCUGUUGGACUGGGAUUCAUGCUUGAGCCGCUCAUUGAGCUGUGCCCAGAUGCUCAUCUCCCCCUCUGUUUUAUCACUUAUCACAGCGGGGGGGGGGGGGUUCUCAUGCAAAACAGGCAGGUUUCAAGGGGCUUCCAGGUUGGAUAAGGCUGUUGCUGAUGUUUGUUAGCAAUUAAUGAAACUGUUCGACUUAAGAAUUAAACAUGAUUUACUUCAUUGGA